AGUAGUCGACGCGAUUUGCAAAAUGGGAGCAAUGCCAUAAUAGAAGAUUGAUCGCUUAGAUAAUUAAUUAUUAGUCGUACGAGUUACGUAACGAUAUCGCGCGUCUACGCUUAUCGUUUGAAUAUAGCUAUAAUGAAUAGAAGGGCGCUUUCAUACUCGCGCGUGUAAUCAAAAUAUAAAUAUUCAAACGUUUAGCACGGUCAAUCUACUCGUUGUUUUGAUAUUGUAAUGUUUCAACAGAAACUGUAUUUAUAUAUUAUCCGCGAAUACAUUAUUUAUCAUCACAGAGGGAUCUGCAGUAAACUAUUCUAUUCUGAGCAAUGAGUCCGCAAAGCCAUAAGAACAAUUUAACUCCAAAAGACAUGCAGUCUAACGGAUACUCCAAUACCAUGACCAAAGAAGCAAGGAAUCAUUCAUCUCCUUGUGAGUCAGUGGAUUCAAUGCCUUGGUUUGGAAUGGACAUAGGUGGUACAUUAUGCAAAUUAGUAUACUUUGAGCCAAAGGAUAUAACGAGAGAUGAAGCAGACGCAGAAGUUGAGAUAUUGAAAAAUAUUCGUCGAUAUCUCACUAAAAAUUCGGCAUAUGGAAAAACUGGCCAUCGUGAUACGCAUUUACAAAUGGAUAAUAUCUGUAUUAGAGGCAGACGAGGAACCUUACAUUUUAUUAGAUUUCCCACAAGUGAAAUGGGAAAUUUUUUAGCAUUAGCAAAAUCAAAAGGUAUGGCAAAUCUUGUGACUACUGUUUGUGCCACUGGGGGUGGUGCUUUUAAAUUCGAAGAUAAUUUUAAAAAGGAAGUAAAUAUGAAUUUGGCAAAAUUUGAUGAAUUAGAUAGUUUAAUACGUGGGAUGCUCUACAUAGAGACCACGAAUCCACAUGAAUGCUAUUAUUGGUCGAAUCCUACCGAUGACAGCAAAUGCCAAAAAGUACCCUAUGAUUUUUCUGAACCAUAUCCUUUCUUGCUCGUUAAUAUAGGCUCCGGAGUAAGCAUAUUAGCUGUAUAUGGACAAGAAAAUUUUAAAAGGAUAUCUGGAACAAGCUUAGGUGGUGGUACAUUUUUGGGAUUAUGCUGUCUUCUUACUGGAUGUAACACUUUUGAAGAAGCAAUAGAAUUAGCAACAGGCGGCGAUAAUACAAGAGUGGAUAAAUUGGUUAAGGAUAUAUACGGCGGUGAUUAUGGUCCUUUCGAUCUUCCUGGAGAUUUAGUUGCGAGCAGUUUUGGACAAAUGAAUUCCAAAGAUCGUAGAAAUACUGUCACAAAGGAAGAUCUGGCGCGUGCAACUCUUGUUACUAUCACAAAUAAUAUUGGUUCUAUCGCGCGUAUGUGUGCUGUUAAUGAAAAAAUUGAAAGGGUUGUAUUUGUAGGAAAUUUUCUCAGAGUAAAUCCCAUAUCAAUGAAAUUGUUGGCCUAUGCUAUGGAUUAUUGGUCUAAAGGAACUUUGAAAGCACUGUUUUUGGAACAUGAAGGUUAUUUCGGAGCGGUGGGAUGUUUAUUACAAUUUAAUGGCGAAUCGAGCUAAACAAUGGGGAAAUAGUCAUAUAACAUGUAGCAUUCCAUAUGACCAACUUCGCAGAACAUUUCUUGAUCGGAGGGUAAUUAUUUUGCUAUAAUUGUUUGAUUACGAGCACAAAUCUAACACAACUCAGCAAAUAGAAUCUGUAAAGGACCAAAUCCAAAAGGAUUAAGGAUAGUCUCUCCUUCCGAUGUUUGUUACAUGCCGCAUAGACUAGUUCUACCUCAUAAUUUAUAUUGUAAAAUUUUUCUACAAAUGUGCACACAAAUUUUUAUGUAUGUAAUAUGGUAAUCAUUAUUACACUUACACAUCUUUUCUCUUCGUAAGUUUAUAAUCGAAUAAAACCAUUGUGUAGCAGUAAAUACUUUCGCACUGAUUGUUAAUAUUA